GAAGCGCGGGAGGAGGCUGGUUCUUGCCUUUCGCUGCCUCUCCGCCCCCCUCCUGCCCCUCUCCCUCCCUCUCUCCUCUCUCCCUCUCCCUAAGUUUGCCUCGGAGCGGGUGGCUCGGGCUGGCGCUCCCGCUGCCGGCGCUGCCCGGGCCGGCGGGAGCCGAGCGCAGGGCCCGCCGCCCGGGAGCGCCGCGCUCCGGGACCCGCCGCCCCGCCGCAGCCUGCCCAGCGCCGGCAGCCCCGGGAGAUGGUGACACAUGAAGCGUGCGGGAAGGACCAUGGUUGAGAGGACCAGCAAGUUCUUGCUGAUCGUGGCCGUCUCGGUGUGCUUCAUGCUCAUCCUGUACCAGUACGUGGGGCCGGGGCUGAGCCUGGGUUCCCCCAGCGGCCGCUCCUAUUCGGAGGAGCUGGACCUGUUUCCCACGCCGGACCCGCACUACGUGAAGAAGUAUUACUUCCCCGUGCGGGAGCUGGAGCGGGAGCUCGCGUUCGACAUGAAGGGCGAGGACGUGAUCGUGUUCUUGCACAUCCAGAAGACCGGCGGCACCACCUUCGGCCGCCACCUGGUGCAGAACGUGCGGCUGGAGGUGCCGUGCGACUGCCGGCCGGGGCAGAAGAAGUGCACCUGCUACCGGCCCAACCGCAGGGAGACCUGGCUCUUCUCCCGCUUCUCCACGGGCUGGAGCUGCGGGCUGCACGCCGACUGGACCGAGCUCACCAACUGCGUGCCCGGCGUGCUGGACCGCCGGGAGAGCGCCGCAGCCAAGGCUCCCCGGAAGUUUUACUACAUCACGCUGCUGAGAGACCCCGUGUCCCGUUACCUCAGCGAGUGGCGCCACGUGCAGCGAGGAGCCACGUGGAAAACCUCCCUGCACAUGUGUGAUGGCAGGACCCCCACCCCCGAGGAGCUGCCCUCCUGCUACGAGGGCACGGACUGGUCGGGCUGCACGCUGCAGGAGUUCAUGGACUGCCCCUACAACCUGGCCAACAACCGCCAGGUGAGGAUGCUGGCCGACCUGAGUCUGGUGGGCUGCUACAACAUGUCCUUCAUCCCCGAGAACAAGCGAGCGCAGAUCCUGCUGGAGAGCGCCAAGAAGAACCUCAAGGACAUGGCCUUCUUCGGCCUGACGGAGUUCCAGAGAAAGACUCAGUACCUGUUUGAGAGGACUUUCAACCUGAAGUUCAUCCGGCCCUUCAUGCAGUACAACAGCACGCGGGCGGGCGGGGUGGAGGUGGACAACGACACCAUCCGCCGGAUCGAGGAGCUCAACGAGCUGGACAUGCAGCUCUAUGACUAUGCAAAGGACCUCUUCCAGCAGCGCUACCAGUACAAGAGGCAGCUGGAGAGGAUGGAGCAGAGGAUAAAGAGCCGGGAGGAGCGGCUCCUGCACCGCUCCAACGACGCGCUUCCCAAGGAAGAGACCGACGAGCAGGGACGUUUGCCCACUGAGGACUACAUGAGCCAUAUUAUAGAGAAGUGGUAGCCCAGGCAGACUUUUGUAGUGAUGAUUGGCAUCCUAGGGGUUUCCAAUGAGAGGUCGUGGAAGUAAAAACGGCGAAGCGGCGGGAGAUGUUUUAUUUAAAAACGAGUCUGUAAAACAGAAGAUAGGUCGCUUCCUCAAGCGUAGGGUCUUUUUACUGUUUCUUACAGGACCGAUGAGAUUCUUAAAAAAAAACAAAAAAAAAACAAAAAAAAACAAAAAAGAAAAAUAAAUGCAUAAAAAUAAAAAAUGGUCAGCAUUCUAAUGCAGAGAUAAAAAAUGCACAAAUGCAGUUUCCCCGCUCAUGAGGCCAAAUGCAGAAGAAUGUUUCUUGUCCUCACGAUUUUAACUCAAAUGGCAGAAGUAGGAUUUUUUUAAAAUCUGUUUAUCCCCUGAGCGUAAUGAUCUAAAGAUACAUGAUUUAAAAAACAAGGAAAUAGAGGCUUUCUUUUGUGGGGGAGGUGGGAUGGGAACUGCACUGUUUGUCAGUAACUGAUAAUGGUGACUAAGCUGAGGAUGGGCCAUCCUGUCAGGGUCUGAGCACACAGGCAGUCACAGCAUUUCUGCUGGCAGCCUCUGCCAGAAAGUAGAGCACCAUAAAAAAAAGAAAAAAAAAAAAAAGGAAGAAGAAGAAGAAGAAAAAAAUCACUGAGAGGAUGAGAAACAUUAAAGCAAAUUGACUGUGGCCUGGGAAAUGUAUCAGAUAUACAUACACAGCUUCAUCACAAAAAUGAUAAAGCAUUCAUACACAAAAAUCACAGAUUUGUUUCCCAGACAGGUCCCAAAACGAGUUAAAAGCCAACCAUAGACUCAAACUUGCAUUCACAUGUUAUGCUGUCAGCUUACACCACUAAAACUCAAGCCACCAUCAGCACUGUGUGUUAACAGCACACAAAAACCCUAUCCUACAUACUACCAAAAAAAGGAAGAAAAAUUUAAAUAGUUCUUCAUAAAUCCGCACAAAAUUCAGACCCUGUAAAUGAUAAGUCAUUAAUGGGAAUGUGAUGAGGGGAUGAUUUUGUUUUGUUUGUUGCUAUGUGAAAUACUGACCCAGAAUAAGCAUACAGACCUGCUCUAGCUGUAUUAUUUCAGUUAUUUUCACUUGCUUUUAUCAAGAGGUAAUGGGCAUCAGCCUGCUUCCAGUGAAGUCACUAGAAGUGAUUUAAGUGGGAACAGGAUGGGGCUCUGUUCUAGAGCUGUGAAAAUUUCUGACUAUGGGUCUGAAUUAAUUAUGAGACAGUGCACAUUGUCUUUUGGCAGGGUGCCUAUUCUGCAGCCCUUACUUUAAAUGAGCAAGCUGUGUUCAUAAAACUGGAAAGGGGAUUCAUGGAUAGUGUUUUUUUAGUCUCAGACCACUCUCAAAGCAGAACUCUUUCUCUUUCAAUACUGUUUUUUAGGGCCUCAUGUAAGUUUAAUCCUCCAGUGUGGGGACAGUCUAACCAGGUUCUGCUUACUGACUUUUGAGUCAUGGAACAACAAUGACUUCUCUAAUUCCUCUUCCCACUUGUCAAAUUAAAAUAUGGCUUAUUUUUUUGCUGUUGCAAGCACUUCUUUGUUUGGCUGGAAGCAUGGAAAUGAAGUAGUUUUUGCCUGGUUCAUGUCUCACUCUGUUAUUUCUCAGCCUGUAAGACCUGAACCAGCUAUUGUUUAGGGUAAACUCCAAACCAAAUGGAAUAUGAUUUGAUUUUCAAAGGCCACGUUAACUGCAAAUCAAAUAUGGCAUUGAAAUCACUGGAGGAGAGGCAGAGAGCUGAUGCACUCAAUUUUAGCAUUUCAUUUUUACAGCAUCCCUUUCCCAUCACACAAAUCCACUGAUGUGCUGCUUGGUUUGGAUUUUGAUUCUUUCUCUGCCUCUGUGCUCUGUUUCCAGCAGUUUCAAGUUUAGACUGAGUUUGGCUCAGACAAAGGAGGGGAUUUUUUAUUCUCCUGUGCACACCUUGAGGGAUACACCUUGUUUUUUGAGACUUUCAUCUCCUGAAGAGUAAAGACAGCUGAAAACUUGAUAAAAUACAAAGAGCACUUAGGGCUCAAAUACAAUUCUGUUACAGCCUUGAGCCAAAGUCCCCCAGAGUCAGAGGAUGUCUUUGCUGCUGGUUUCAGGUGGAUUUUGCACACACUGGCCUGUCUGCAGGCACAGCAGGACACUGUCACCCACACCUGGCUGGCACCAGGGUGUGCUGGUGGUGUCUUUAAGGCCAUAAGCAUUUCCUCUUGGAUGAAAAUUGAGAAGCAAAAUGAAGCAGUGUUUGGUGGUUGGCUUGGGGGCAGAGAAGGUAUUACAAGUCCACUUGCUCAUCUCUGAAUUCCAAGACUGGGAGAAGCUGUGUUUGCUAGCUGCCAGCACUUUUACAUUGUGCUGUAACUAAAGAAAACAUUUGUAUUUUAAAAAUGCAACUUUGCAGGCUGUUUACCCACAAAACCAGCACACCAGAUAUGAGAAGCAGCUGUUGUACAUGCACAGUUUCCACCUUUCCCCAAAGGGGAAAAGUUUCUUUGUAAUGUGUUGCAGCAACGAGCAGAAGAAAUGAAGUUAUAUUGAAUAUUGUCUUUGGUUAACAGUUUCAUUUCAACCACAAAAGGAGGGCUGACCCCACAGAAGUUUCUAGAUUUAAAUCCUGCACCCAGCAAAUGCCUCAGCUCUUCCACCUCUUCACUGGGAGUAACAAAUUGAAUCUAAAAGGGUACUCCAAGGUGUGAAAAGUACAGGGCACUUUGAAACAGAUUCUGAGUGAUGAAAAUGGACAGAAUCACCCAAAAGCCAUUCCCCACCCUGGCUGCUGUGCUGGUCUGCUUCUGGCUGUAAGCCAUGUGUUAAUUUAUUUUAAGUGCUGUGUACCAGAACAUUGGCUGGACAUUUCUGGCACUAUCUUCUUCCUUUAGUGGCUGCAAGGGAAUUUUUUAACAUAAUGUGAAUGUAGUUUUUUUUGUGAUUUAUAUGUACCACACUUUGAAGUGGUCCUAUUUCUUUUCUCUUUAGGGCUGAUGUUUUGAUGCUACAAUAACAUGAAAAGUGUGUGUGUAGUUUUAAAAUGAAUGGAGAGCAACAGCUUUAAGGCACUCUGGCAGAAGUAGUGGCCAGAUAGUAGAUUCUUGUUCAAUAUCUGCCCCUUUCUUCCAAAAUGUUUUUCCUGUGAAUUCCAGACACACCAAGACCUUCUCCAGUGCAUUAAGGGUUUCUUCAGGGGGUCUGUCUGUGCAUCAUGAUCCAGGCCAGGUUGAGAGUGCUGGGAGCAGUGCAGGCAGGUGCAAGACUGGAUUUGUCUCUUAGAGACUUUGUCAAUUUGCUUUUAGUCACCUAAACAGUGUAAACAUCACUGCUUGGUGGGUGUUGUUGCUGAAGAAAACAUUUUCUUGCUGGUUUGUCUCAUCCUCUCCUCUGUUGAAGGAGUUUGCCUCAUCCAAAGUUUUCCAGACAGUCAGGUGCCACCUUGUGCCCUGUGCAGGUCACAAAAUGCAGGAUUGACUGGUAAGGUUGCCAGCCCAGGCUGCCACAGGGUUCAAAGUCAUAAACAAACAAAAAAAAAAGUCAACAAAGGAUCAGUGUGGAUUUCUGGCUUGUCUGAAUUUCUCCCUUUAUGCCCAAACAUUUUGGAAUAAAUGAGGAGCACUUCAGUUGAUGUUUUGCACCCCCACAGUCCCUUAUUUGCUUACAAAAGUGGGGUGACAAUGGAAGCAGCAUAACAAAGAUCCCAAUAAGGUUUUGAAUUUUUUCUCCCAGGGCUGUCCUGUCCUAGACAAAAAAGAGCAGUGAAGUUGCUGAGAGUUGACCAAGGCAGAAGGACUCCCCAGUGGCAGCACAAUUAGGAAUUUUUCCCUCUGAGCCAAUCAAGUCCCUUCACAGAGAGCAGUGAACAGCUGCAGAGGUGAUGAUAAUAUCACAGCACAGGGCCUGACCCAUGUUCAUAUCUUGGGGUUAAAAGCAUCUCUAGUGUCUUACUGGUGUUCAGAGUUACCCAGACCCCUCCUGUCCCACAGACUUUUCCAGCCAUCACAGAAAAGGGGUGGCACUACAGGAAUUCAUCACCCAAACUGUGCUUAAUACUUUUUCCCAGAGCUAGAGCUUGGCAUGCAGCUGACACUGCCUGCUGGGUCCAAAUCACAGCACUGGCUGCAUUCUCUUUUUAUCCUUCUCUUCACUUUCACUAAUAUUAGCAGAUCAUGCUCCAGAGGCAGAAGUGAACAUGGGAUUUCCCACCUGGUCAGGAGCAUUCCAAGCCUUUACAGCACAGCUCAGGUGAACCAGGUCACAGAGUCCCAGCAAUCCACAGCUCUUUGUUUUACCCCAUCCACAAGAAUUCUCCCAAGGUGAAUGCAGCCCUGAUAAGCACAUAGAUGUUAAAGCCUGUGUUGUCCCAGCUCUGUAAUUCUUAGCCAUGCAAGCUGAAAAAAACAAGAUUUGCAAAUAAGUCUGUCUCCUCAGAGCCCCACAAUUCCCCCAGGUGUCAAUUCUGGAGACUGGAUUGAGAGAGUUGUACUAUAAUGAAUAAUUUUAUAUUCAAAAGGUUUACUAAGCAUGAUUUGUUUUGUACAUAUUGGAAUAUGAUUUAACUUAUUUUUAUUGCCCCUUUGAAUCUUUUUUUUUUUCCAUAAGGAGAAGACAGAAAUCCCCAUCCUGUCUCAGUGUGAAGUUCCUGUGUGUUUUUGUGUAGUCUGCCAGUCAAACACGCCCCAGGCAGAGGAUUUCUCACCAUCCCUGCAGCUAUCAGAUUUUGUUUUUCAUUGUCAUUUCUAUUCAUCUGGGACUUUACAGAUAUUGUGUCUUCUUUCCUCUCUGCUACACAGUCUGCACAGAGCAGGGAAAGGGCAAUGCAGGCAGGAUUUUCUUUUUCUUCCUCUCCCUUUUCUUUUGUGCUUUACUUCCCAAGGAACUCAGUUCCUCCAGGAGUUGUGUGACUGAGGGUAAAAAAAUACAGCUGUCCCCCCACCUGCCUUCCAUCCUCCAUAAUGUAGAUCAAAUGGAUUCAGCAUCUCUGAAAGUGAUUGUGGCUGGACUCAUUCCAUUGGGCUGAAUGUGGAUGGUUUGCACUUUCCCCCCCCACUUCAGGAACUUAAAAACAACAAAAAGUAAAAGGCAACUGUUUAACUUGAGCCAAGUAACACUUAAAGCUUUAUAUAUUUAUUUAUAGCAUCUUACAGAAAGUGUUAAAAGGUUUUUUCUUCCACAAGGAAAAUAAACUUUUAAAAAAAUCAUCUAAUUGUUUUUGUCUAGAUCAAGGAUGAAUGUUAGCAGAUGAAAUAAACCCUAAAAUUGAGCA